CUGGGAUGAGCGGCGGCCCUCGGUGCCGGCCGCGGAAGGGAGCGCGCCCGGCUGCCGCGGGCGCCCGAGGCCCCGGCCCCGGCCCGGCCAUGGGCCGCAAGAAGAAGACGCUGCACGACUACGCGGCCGAGUUCAGCGACCUGGGCGUCAAGCGGCACCUGGCGGAGCCCGGCGGCCCCGGGGAGAGCUCGGUGGUGGAGACCCUCUACUGCAAGUCCUGCGAGCUGCCCAUGCGGGUGCGGCGGGACCGCAUCCUGGAGCACCUCUCCUCCGGCCGCCACUACCGCAACCGCCGCCUGGUCAAGCAGCACGGCCUCCGGGCGCCCGUCCUCAUAUCUGCAGGUUCAGACCUUGGUACCAGCCUUUCCAUGCAACUUGACACUCCUUCCCUGCUUUCUCAGCCUUCAUUUAUUCUCUCAACCAACCCCUGCAUCACCAGCACCGGCACCAGCUAUAGCAUGGUACCAUCUCCACCUUCUUACCACAAGUCCUUGAUCCCUGUUCACCCCAGCGCCAUCAGCUCCACAACCAGUGUCAUGUCUGCCAGAGAAGACCAAACACCCUCUACCUCCACCAGUCACCCGUCGGCAUUUGCUGCCCUCCAUAUGAGAAAUGCGCCUGUUCCCUCAAAACAGAGCACCCAAAGACUUGUUAUUUCUGAGGCAUCCAACAGUGUGGCUUCUGGAGGGUCAGUGGGACGGUACAGCAGUAGUGGGACUUCAGGAAGCAAUAUUGGUCUUGCCCUCUUCGGCGUGGGGCUUGGUAACAAAGCAUUGUUUCAAAGUUUAAUGGAAGAAAAUGGCUGCUGUUUGCUUUACAUUGUGGAGGAUCAGUUGCCAGAUGUGGAACGUGCCUUCAAUACAGAAUUCUUGGCCAACACCAGGGUACUACGGCAACAGGAUGCCGACAUAGUGCUCAAUGAUCAACGUGUCUCUGGAGCCAUUGUCUGUUCGCCACCUGAAGCAGCCUCUGAAAUUGUGAUAGAUGCUUUACGAGCAGGGAAAGGCGUGUUUUGCGAGAAGCUACCCAGUUUAGAUAGGCAGACAGCAGAGGCUUGUUUUGAUGAAGCUGACAGAUGUGGAAGACCAUUGGUCUGUGGAUUCUACAAGCGUUUUGAUCCAGCCCUGCAGUUCUUGUAUAAAAAAGUCCAUGACAGCCAGGCACUGGGGAGGAUUCAUCGGAUUUCGACAGUUAGCAGCAUAUAUCCAGCAGCAUCUCUUAGCUUCCUAAAAAAGUCAGGUGGGAUUUUCUAUAAUGCUGCUGUACAUGAUAUUGAUAUUAUCAGUUUGUUGCUGGGAGAAAGUGCACCAGAUACAAUAUUUUCACUGGGACAUGCGUUCUGUGCAGAUAUGGCCUACUUGAAAGAUGCAGACACUGUAGCAGUCAGCAUGAAAUUUCCUAGUGGAGCAAUUGUUACUUUGGACGUCAGUCAGCACUGUACUAAAAGCUGUGAUCAGAGACUAGAGGUUCAUGGUUCUCAAGGAACAUUACGGGUAGAUAAUCAGAAUCCCUUGGGAAUUACAGAACAUGGGACGUCUGUGUCCAUAUAUUCACAAACCCAGGCUGAUCGGUACAAAGAAGCAUACAGAGAACUCUUUAGACACUUUCUCAGAACCCUCAAAGGCAAAGAACCCCCUGUUAUCACCAAAGAGCAGUUUCUCUGGACGAUUCAGGUAGCUGCAGCUGCUGAGCAGUCUUGGAGGAACGGAUCCGCUGUUGACUUGCGCAACGAAGCAAUAGACGUGUCUCUAAUCAAGACUGAAAUAAUGUGACACACACUGCUGUUUGAAGUGAAGGCUAUUCCCUGAGCUCUGCUAAAGGGAGUGAAGUCUCUUCAUCUAGAGAGAUUUCCACUGUUGUCUUAAUACAAAACUAAACAGCCUUUUUUUUUUUUUUUUUUUUUUACAUUUUCACUGGAAACACCUAUAACUCGGAUACCUUUUAGAACUACAGGAGUGUUCAGUACUGGUGUUACCGAUGAUUCUUAGGACAUCAUUCAGGACUCAGAGAAGAAAUUAUGGGAGGCUUUGUCUACAGUGGCAUUUCCUUUUUGAAGGAGUUAGUUUCAGGUUCUGAAAUACUGUUUUCCUGAUAGUGGAUUUCCCAGACACUAAUCAUGAUAAGAUAAUGACGUACUGACAACCUGCUGUUGUAGUGAAGACGGUGCAAUGAACAUCUUGAAUGGCAGCUUGAAAAUGAGGUGCAAUCAUGGUAUUCAAAAUGAGAGCAUCCAUUUGGUCCAUACUGUACAUCUCAUUAGUAUAUGCAGGAAUAUGAUUUGUCUACUAAAUACCCCUCUUCUGAGUCCCCCAUCUAUAGAACUGUCCAUGUUGUUCUUAAUUCAUUGCUGUGGAUUUGAAAUAAUAUACCUGAGGGGUUGUGAGCAUCUAACUUUUUGAAAAUGAGCAGGCAGGGAGACUUCUUACCAACCUGGCUCUAGAGUGUAAUGAAAGAAACUUGGAAGGCAUGCUAUAAAUUGGACUGUUUCACAGAGCAAACCAUGCACUUGGGCAUUUCUAUAUGAACACUGCGUCGCUGUUAAAAAAUAAAGGUUUCUUUUAGAACAAAAUCGUGAAUCUCUAUACAGUAGCACUGUACAGUGUCUGUUACGAAGAAACAAGUCACCUGGAUGCAACAAAGAGAGUGCGAUCUAUUGGCAGUUUUGUUUUCUUUGCUUGAAUCCAAAUUCAUGUUUCAAUGUUUCUUCAAUAGGGAAAUUAAAUAAUACCUGUUUUUCCUGAGUGGGGGAAGGGAAUAUGAUAUACAUGCUUUUUACAGUCUGCCAGAUUUGGAUUACACAUCACAGAAAAAGAUAGUGCCUUCCAUAACAGGCAAGUCUGCUUUAAACCAGGUUAUUUGUAACUUUUUAUUCUUAUGUUGAGCAUAUUGAAAUUUAUAUAUUUGACUUUUUUAUUCUUGUUUGUAUUUCUCAUACCCUGGUUUUCAAGAUUUAAAAAAAGUUUUUUUAAAAUUGUAUUAAAAUAACAUUCUUGCAUUGAAUGUGUGAACAACUAUAUAUGUCACAUUUUCUCUUCCUGAAAAAAUUUCUUAACCGUCAAUUUUCAAUUCUUAUAUAUAUAAGUAUAUAUUACUAAAACUAGAAAUAGCUGUGAUAUUUAUAACUAAACACAGUUCUCUUGUGGAAAUGGUUUUUUAACAGUGUCAUUUUUUUGAAACCCAAAGAAAGCUGUGUAUUAAUGAUAAACGUUACUGUCAGAUUUGUGGUAUAUUUUCUGGCCAUUUAUUGAAAGAUAGUUUAUAUAUAACCCUCUCCCCCAAAUUCCAUUAAACCAAGAUAGCCACUUAUUAAA